AUGCCCCGGGGGAGGCGCGGCGGCCGAGUGAGCGCCCUGGAGGGCGGCUCAGAGGAAGAGGCGCCUUCGGCGGCGGACGCCGUGCCCUCUGUGCUGUGGGCGUCCCGGCGGCUACCAGGGACGGCGGCCGACCAGAUUCUGCUCCGGGGCAUCUUCGAGAUUGGGAGGGACAGCUGCGACGUGGUGCUGAGCGAGCGGGACCUGAGGUGGCGGCCCAUCCAGCCCGAGAGCCCCACAGGUGAUUCCAAGGAUGGUUUUCUACAUAAAGAAGAAUGUCUUGAAUUAAAGGACAUAUUCUCUGUCAAGCUGAAACGGCGUUAUUCAGUUCAACAGCAGAGAAGUGGCACUUUAUUAGGAAUCACACUCUUCAUAUGUUUGAAAAAGGAACAAAAUAAAUUAAAGGAUUCAACGCUCGAUCUCAUUAAUUUAAGUGAAGACCACUGUGACGUAUGGUUUAGACAAUUCAAGAAAAUUUUGGCAGGCUUUUCAAACAGACCAAAGUCAUUGAAAAUACUCCUUAACCCCCAAAGCCACAAAAAAGAAGCUACCCAGGUCUAUUAUGAGAAGGUUGAACCACUGUUAAAGAUUUCAGGAAUAAAGACCGAUGUAACAAUAACCGAAUAUGAAGGACAUGCUCUGUCACUGCUAAAAGAAUGUGAACUACAGGGAUUUGAUGGUGUUGUCUGUGUUGGUGGAGAUGGGUUCGCCAGUGAAGUAGCCCAUGCCUUGCUUCUUAGAGCCCAGAAGAACGCUGGGGUGGAGACAGACAGCAUCCUGACUCCUGUCCCAGCUCGACCUCCACUGGGUGUGAUACCAGCAGGAUCCACGAACGUAUUGGCACAUUCUCUUCACGGAAUCCCUCAUGUGGUAACUGCAACUUUGCACAUUAUAAUGGGGCACAUACAACAGGUCGAUGUCUGCACGUUCAGCACCACUGGCAAGUUUCUUCGCUUUGGGUUCUCAGCCAUGUUUGGGUUUGGUGGAAGAGCUCUGGCUCUGGCAGAAAAACAUCGAUGGAUGCCCCCUAACCAACGGAAGGAUUUUGCUAUAAUUAAGGCACUGGCAAAACUUAAGCCGGAGGACUGUGAAAUAUCAUUUUUACCAUUUAACAGCUCUCAGGAUUUAGAAGAAAGGAGGGCACAGGGAUUUUCCAAAUCGGGCUGUGAUGCUCAGUGGCAAAUGAUCCAGGGUCAGUUCUUGAAUGUCAGCAUCAUGGCAAUUCCAUGCCUGUGUUCAGUGGCACCUAGGGGCUUGGCACCUAACACCAGAUUAAACAAUGGAAGUAUGGCUCUUAUAAUUGCCCGGAACACUUCUCGACCAGAAUUUAUAAAACACUUGAAAAGAUAUGCAAGUGUCAAAAAUCAGUUCAAUUUUCCAUUUGUUGAGACUUACACUGUUGAAGAAGUAAAAGUUUACCCCAAGAGUAAUAGCAGUCGGCACAAUCCAGAGGAAGAGGACGGACCACGUGGACGUGCCUUAGGAAACAGUUUUCCUUGGAAUAUAGAUGGUGACUUAAUGGAAGUUGCAUCAGAGGUCCAUGUUAGAGUACACCCAAGACUUAUCAAUCUUUAUGGAGGAAGCAUGGAAGAGAUGAAUGAUUCCAAAGUAACAUGUAAUUGUUUAUAAAGGUAAUGUGCAAACUAGAAUUUUAAUAUGAAGGGAUAGUCAUGUUUAAACAUUUAUGUAUAUAUAUUUGUAUUGAAGUAUAGUCAAGUUUACAAUGUUGUGUCAAAUUCCAGUGUAGAGCACAAUUUUUCAGUUAUACAUGAACAUACAUAUAUUCCUUGUCACAUUUUUUUUCACUGUGAGCUACCACAAGAUCUUGUAUAUAUUUCCCUGUGCUAUGCAGUAUAAUCUUGUUUAUCUAUUCUACAUUUUGAAAUCCCAGUCUGUCCCUUCCUACCCCCAACCCCUUGGCAACCACAAGUUUGUAUUCUAUGUCUAUGAGUCUGUUUCUGUUUUGUUUUGUCUUUUUUUAAAGAUUCUGCAUAUGAGCGAUCUCAUAUGGUAUUUUUCUUUUCUAUUUCUGGCUUACUUCACUUAGA